UUGACUGCGCAGUCACGAAAUAAAAGACAAAGAUGGCUUCCUUUGUUUUGCGGUAAAACUGCUAGAUAUGGAUUUGCAUUAAAGUUAAUACGGUAAUAUCCCACUAUCUUGAAAGAAAGGAAAAAUACAGACAAUGUCUGCUCCUGCUGAGGAUGGUAGUCUGAUGACUGCACCUGCUCCAGCCUCAGCUUACCAGGAUAAUUUACAGAUGUUGCAUAAGGCUAUCAACUCACUGGAGGAGAAAGGCAUGCAAGAUGAUCCCCGCUAUGUUCAGCUGAUGGCCAUGGCAAAUAGAGCCAAAUCUGGGGUGCCUCAAGGUGCAGACUCUGGGAGUCAGGGUCCUGGCAGUACUGGUGGGAAUAUGGGGCAGCAGGGCAUGGAAGCAGGGGACAUGGGAAUGUCUGGUGGUGGGUUCCAAGGUGGUCCCAUGCAGCAGAAUCAAGGUCACCCCAACCCCAUGCAGGGCCACCAGGGAGGAGGAGGGGGCAGCGGAACAGGUCCCAUGCCAAACCAAAUGGGUGGUGGACAGAUGUCUAACCAGAUGGGGAAUACACAGAUCUCUGGCCAAAUGUCCGGUGGUCAUAUGGGUGGUCAAAUGUCACAGGAUGGACAACAGAGGCAGUCCACGUUUAGCCCCCCACAGCUCCACCAGUUGAGAGCUCAGAUCAUGGCGUACAAGUUGCUGUCUAAAAACCAGCUUGUACCUGAAAAUAUCAAAUUGGCCAGUGAAGGGAAGAGGCCUAUGGGGCAGUUCCCAAGACCAGCUGGUGGUCAGAUGGGAAUGCAACAACAGCUGAGACAGCAUGGCAUGGGUGUCCAGAACUUCCCCCAGGGUCAGAUGAUGGGGCAAACCCAGAGCAGUCAAAGUCCAAUGCCCCCUCAGCAGCCUCAGCAACAGCAGCAGUCCCCACAGCAGCCCCAGCAACGUCCCCCAGCUCCAGGGACCAUGCAGCCAGCCAUGAUGGGGAUGCAGCCCAAGUCUGCAAGGAUAACUCCUGUGGCCAAACCACAAGGGAUAGAUCCUGUGGAGAUUUUAAAUGAAAGGGAAUACAGGCUUGCAAAUAAGAUAGCACUACGUAUCCAGGAAUUGGAAAAUCUUCCUGCUAACAUACCAGAAGACCUGAAAACUAAGGCAAUGAUUGAACUGAGAGCACUGAGGCUGCUGAAUUUCCAGCGACAGUUAAGGGGUGAAGUUGUGACCUGUAUGCGUCGUGACACAACACUGGAGACUGCUCUGAACCCGAAGGCUUAUAAACGCAGCAAACGUCAAUCACUGAGAGAGGCUCGCAUCACUGAGAAGUUGGAGAAACAGCAAAAGAUCGAACAAGAAAGGAAGAAGAGACAGAAGCACCAGGAAUACCUUAAUGCAGUCCUUCAGCAUGCGAAGGACUUCAAAGAGUUCCAUCGCAGCAUGUCAGGAAAGAUCAGCAAAGUCAACAAGGCAAUCAUUGCCUACCAUGCUAACACGGAGAGAGAACAGAAGAAGGAACAGGAGAGGAUUGAGAAAGAAAGAAUGCGAAGGCUCAUGGCAGAGGAUGAGGAGGGUUACAGAAAACUUAUUGAUCAAAAGAAAGAUCGUCGUUUGGCCUACCUGCUGCAGCAGACAGAUGAGUUUGUGUCAAAUCUGGUCCAACUUGUGCAAGAACAUAAAGAUGAGCAGAAAAAGAAAUACAAAAAGAAGAAGAAAAAGAAGAAGGAUGAAAACCUUCAAGAAGGGAUGAUGGAUGAAAGCUCCACUGCCAGUGAGAUGAGAGUUCAUGUCAUAGAAACUGCCACAGGAAAUAUUCUGAAAGGAGAAGAGGCACCUCUUGCUUCACAACUGGAUGCUUGGAUGGAAAUGCAUCCAGGGUAUGAAGUCGCUCCCAGAGAUGAAGAAGAAUCUGGUGAAGAAGAGGAAACUGAUGAGGAAGAGGAGGAGGAGGAAGGACAGGAGAGCCAGGAGUCUACUGCAGAUAAGACCGCGAAAGAAGAUGCUGAAAAGCCAAAGGAUGAUAUGUCACAAGGAACAGAAAGUGUUGAUGAGACCAUGAAGAUAAUUCAGGCUGCAAGAAUGGAUGAUGAUGAAUACAAAGAGACUGGCAGUGCCAGGCAGAACUAUUAUAAAAUGGCUCACAGUGUUACCGAGAAGAUCACUUCCCAGUCUUCACUGUUGGUGAAUGGUGAACUCAAAGAAUAUCAGCUGAAAGGUCUGGAGUGGCUGGUCUCCUUGUUUAACAACAACCUGAAUGGCAUCCUGGCAGAUGAGAUGGGACUGGGGAAAACUAUUCAGACCAUUGGGCUCAUCACAUACCUUAUGGAGAGGAAGAAAGUCAAUGGACCCUAUCUGAUCAUUGUGCCCCUCUCGACCUUGUCCAAUUGGAUGCUGGAGUUUGACAAGUGGGCUCCCUCCGUGGUCAAGAUUCCUUACAAAGGUGGUCCCAAUGUCCGCAGAAACAUCCUGAUGCAGAUGAGAGCUGUCAAGUUUAAUGUGCUACUAACCACAUAUGAAUAUGUUAUCAAGGAUAAAGCAGUUCUGGCCAAGAUUCGCUGGAAGUACAUGAUCAUUGAUGAAGGUCAUAGAAUGAAGAACCACCACUGCAAGUUGACCCAGGUGUUGAACACCCACUACACUGCCCCCUUCAGAGUGCUUCUCACUGGAACUCCUUUACAGAAUAAGUUGCCAGAGCUCUGGGCUCUCCUCAACUUUCUGUUGCCCAGUAUUUUCAAAUCAUGUGGCACCUUUGAGCAGUGGUUCAAUGCACCAUUUGCAAACACUGGAGAGAAGGUUGAGCUGAACAGUGAAGAGACGCUUUUGAUCAUUCGCCGUCUGCAUAAAGUUCUACGUCCUUUCCUUUUGAGACGUCUGAAGAAGGAAGUGGAAUCUCAACUACCUGAGAAGGUUGAGUAUGUGAUUAAGUGUGAAAUGUCUGCGCUGCAGCGACUCCUCUACAGUCACAUGCAGUCGAAGGGAGUGAUGAUUACUGAUGGCUCUGAGAGAGAUAAGAAGGGUCGUGGUGGAGCCAGAGCCUUGAUGAACACCAUCAUGCAGCUGAGGAAGAUCUGCAACCACCCCUUCAUGUUUCCACACAUUGAGGAGGCAAUGGCAGAACACACAGGAUUUACCAAUGGGAUUGUCACUGGGCCUGACCUUCAUAGAGCAGCUGGCAAGUUUGAGUUGCUGGACCGUGUUUUGCCCAAGCUGAAGGCUACUGGACACAGGGUGCUACUCUUCUGUCAGAUGACUUCCUGUAUGAGCAUCCUGGAAGACUAUUUCCUAUGGAGAGGCUUCAAGUACCUUCGCUUGGAUGGAACAACAAAAUCUGAAGAUCGUGGCAGCCUGUUGGAGAAGUUCAAUUGUAAGAAUUCAGAAUAUUUCAUCUUCUUGUUGAGUACAAGAGCUGGUGGCCUUGGGUUGAACCUUCAGGUGGCUGAUACUGUUAUCAUCUUUGACUCUGACUGGAACCCACAUCAGGAUCUUCAAGCCCAGGACAGAGCACAUCGUAUUGGCCAGAAGAAUGAAGUGAGGGUGCUUAGACUGAUGACAGUCAAUUCUGUGGAGGAGAAGAUUCUUGCUGCAGCCCGUAACAAGCUGAAUAUUGAUGAGAAAGUGAUCCAGGCUGGGAUGUUUGACCAGAAGUCAACAGGGUUUGAGAGGCAGCAGUUCCUUAGAGCUAUCUUGCAGCAGGAGACUGAGGAAGAAGAGGAUGAAGAUGAGGUACCUGAUGAUGAAACCAUCAACCAGAUGUUAGCACGUACUGAGGAUGAGUUUGACAUCUACCAGAGAAUGGACCUGGAGCGUAGACGUGCAGAAUCCCGGGAAAUUAAGCGCAAACCUCGUUUAUAUGAGGAGGAAGAGCUGCCGUCUUGGCUUGUGAAAGAUGAGAAAGAGCUGGAACGUCUGGCAUACGAAGAUGAAGAAGAAAAGUUGUUUGGCCGUGGCUCAAGGCAGAGGAAGGAAGUAGACUAUUCUGAAGGGUUUACAGAGAGGGAGUGGCUGAGGGCUAUUGAGGAGGGAACACUAGAUGAAUUGGAGGAACGCAACAAACGGACAUCGGGCAAGGGAAAAGGUCGGAAACGCAAGUUUGUAGAUGAUGAGCCCAGUAGCAGUUCCAAGAAAGAGAAGAAAAGACGUGGGAGGCCCCCUGCAGAGAAACUGGCUCCCAAUCCUCCCAAACUGACCAAGAUGAUGAAGAAAUUACUGGAAGUGGUCAUCUAUUACAGAGAUGCUGACAAACGAGUCCUCAGUGAGCCAUUCAUGACACUGCCAUCGAAGAAGGAGCUGCCUGAUUAUUAUGAAGUAAUAAGGAAACCAGUAGAUUUUAAGAAAAUUAAGCAAAGAAUCAAGGACCACAAAUAUCGUAGCUUGGACGACUUGGAGAAGGAUGUGAUGCUGUUGUGUCAGAAUGCACAAGAGUAUAAUAUGGAGGGAUCACUGGUAAGACCCCCUCGCAAACCUCACAAGCUUCUCAAACUCAAAGACUUUAUUUACGAGGACUCCAUAGUGCUGCAGUCUGUGUUUGUCAACGCCAGGGAAAGGUUGGAGAAAGAGGGCGUCCUCCCAUCCCCUGCUGCCAGUGAGAGUGAAGGGGAACAAGAGGCAGAGGGAGGAGAACAGGAAGGGGAAGAGGAUGAAGAGGAAGAUGGCCAGUAUCCUAAAGUGAAAAUUAAGCUGGGCAAAGAAGGCAGUGCCAAGAAGGAUAGAGGAAAAAGCAAGAAGAAGGGAAGACCUGCCAAAACUAAACCAGUAAUAAGUGAUGAUGAGGAAUCAGAAGGAGAAGGAGAACCAGAAGAGGAGCAUUCCGAGAUCAGUGAGGAUGCUGGGACCAGUUCUCACACCUCUUCCAGGGUGUCUUCGCCAGCCCCUGGGGGGCAGCACAGGAAGAAGACUGCCUAGACAGUAUAUUGCUGUCUUUUGCCAUUUCAAAAACUAGUAACUGUUUUUGUACGGAAAUGACUUGUAGAUGCCUUUUAGCAACCCCAUGGCAGUAGAGGGGGACAACAAACUAAAAUGUCAUGUAAAUUGUGAAUGCAUAGAUUUAGUUCAAUUAGUUACUGAAUGCAUAGAUAUGUUAUUGUUACACUUCAACACUG